AUGACUCUUGCCGACAUUCCGCGCCGGUCGGACCACUAUCCCAAGAACUUCAUAAUAAUUAAGACGGCCAAGAGACCAAUCAUCAUGAGCGUUGCGUCGACUCAAGGUCAGCUUGGGUCAAAAGACCACCUGGAAGAGCUCCACACUCCAGAUCUCAUGACUGUGGCAUCUCAGCCGCAAGCAAGAAAACGACCAGCUCCCAGAGGAACCGGAGCGUACGCGCGCAAACGAGCCGUAACCGCGUGCCAAGUUUGCCGGGCCAGGCGGACCAAAUGCGACAACAAGAAACCAUCUUGUUCUUUCUGUGAGAAAACGGGAGCAAAAUGUGUCACCGAGCCUACGGACUACUCGGCUUUUGAUCCGGCGAGCCUCAAGAUAUUGGAGAGGCUGGACCGGAUCGAGAGUUUGUUGGAAACACAACCACGAGACAAACCGGAUAGCUUUCCGGAACAAAAUGACACUGUUAACACGCACAAUGAGACCCGUCGACAAGACUCUGCUGGUCGGCAACCUUCACGCUCUCUCCAAAUUGUCUCUUCGGAAGUCCUUGGCUGGCCGAUUUUUGGUAACCAAUUUGGCCUGCAAGCCAAUGCCAUCGCAGUCCUCCGACGAAAACCUCCGAAACCGAUACAACCGUCUUCCUCUGCACUCGAGUCUUUUUUGGGCGAUACCAGCGCCAGUAACAGAUUGAUUACAAACUUCAUCCAACAUGUCCACAUCAAGAAUCCUAUCCUAGAGCUGGCUAGUAUGAAGCGUAUCGUCCGGCAUGCUUGCCUCGAGGGUGUUGGAUGGGAUGCUGAAUCUUGCUUGGUCCUCCUUGUUUGGGCUUUAGGUGCUAUUUCAACGCCCUUUCAACAGCCUCCACAGCCUUGCGACCAAGAGAACCUCGAGCUUGGAGCAGCACUCUAUGGUGCGGCUACCAAGAGGCUUGGAAUAGUCUUUGCAGAAGGCGGCAUACUAUCAGCUCAAUGCUUCUUCUACGCUGGCGUUUAUCUAAUGUCAAUGUUUCAGCCAGUUUCAGCGUGGAGACAUUUCUUACAAGCCUUGGCAUACUGUCAAGAGUUUGAUUUCGCUAUAGAAGCAUCACAGAACCCACAAACGCUCACGAGCCCUCCCGAGACGUCGCCCACGGAGCAGCGUCUGUACUGGUCCUGUUGGAAAUCCGAGGUGGAACUACGCAUGUGUCUUGGGCUCUUUGAUUUCCAGACACAGGACCGCGUUUAUCCCGGCCAUUUCCCCAACCCGCCAGCAAAUCCCGAGAAAGACGACAGGGCAUGGUUCUUUUACCUCGCUGAAAUAUCUCUCCGACGACUGAAUACUCGCGCCCGUAACGACAUUGGACAGAUUUUAGCAUCGUCAGAGGUCGAAGGCGAGGAUACCGAGGCACGUUUAAUUGAAGUGGUCGACUCGUAUGAUCAACAGGCUGAAGCAUGGCUUACUUCACUGCCCGAGACGAUUAGCAUCGAUUCAAAUCCCCUUGAGGAUGAUAUACUCAAAUUCAUUCUUCGCUGCCAUUUGGUGGACUUCAACGAGCUUAUUUUCUGGACAUUCAUCGACAGGGCGGUUAACAGCAAAGAGAGUUUGACGGAAGAUAUGAGUCGUUAUGCCUGUCGAGGUUUCACAACAUGCGCAGAUCGUAUUCGAAUAGCAGGGCUAGGUCAUUGGUACCGACAUCAUGGAACUUGGUUGCUAUUGCAGUCUUGUGCUCGAAGUGCAAUCGUCUUACUGGCUGCUGCAUUUUCGGAACAUACACGGAAUCUCUUACCGGAGAACUGGGCUCACUCUGUUGAAGCUUGUAUAGGCAUGCUGAAUGAUUGGAAAGAUGAGGACGCUGGAAUUUCAGAUCAGGCCAUGAUUUUGGGACAACUGCUACAAAAGUUUAAUAAUUAA